GGCUCGCUACCAUAUCGAUAACGCGAAGCCUCGGCUCUCGCUAGUGUGGGGAAGGACCUCGGAGUACUUUUCGAGGAGUAAUCGCUCUUCAGCAAUGCUGGAGGUCACUAUGUGAUGUUGCACUCUCGUUGAAUUGUAGUAAAACCAAGCCUGCAAGACCGCGAAGAUGCCAUCGUGGAAAGAAGCCACAGCCGUGCGCAAGCUUAGCUCGAACACCUAUGAGUGUACGCUGCAGGGCGACUGGUGCAUUGGAACUGUUCCCAAUGGUGGCUACGUAACCGGCUGCGUCCUCGAGGUUGUGUCUGCCCACUUCGCAACCACCCUCGCGAAGCAGAACCAGCCGCACACCAUCGCCCUUCACAUCGAGUUCCUCCGCCGCACCGAGGUCGGGCCCGCAACCUUCCAUGUCGAAGAUGUCAAGCUCGGCAGACAAGCUUCGGUCGUACACGUCCGCAUGUCCCAAGAGGGCCGCGAGGAGGUCAUCGCCUACGCGACGAAUUCCAACAUCGAUACCGAGCAGGGUGUAAGCUUCGACACAGAGUACAAGCUGCAGCCACCGGCAGCGUCAGUGGUUUUGAGCGACUUAGCAAAGGACGGAGAUAAGAACUGGUAUCUGGAGGAGAAUAUGCCCUUCCCGAAGUUCAGGAAAGCGUCGCGGCAGGUCAAGUUCCACUUUCCGCGCAACGGGCAGGUCAAGCCCAACAUAGCAGACGAGUGGCUUUGCUUUCGCGAUGGCUCCAACUUCACAAACUCGUCAAUUGGCUUCGUCGCCGACAUGUUUCCCCAGAUCGUGGAGGCCUACCGGGAUCAGAGCCAGGGCCCGUUCUGGUACCCGACGCUGCUUUUAAACCUGGACGUCAAGAAGAGCCUGCCGACAGAGGGGGUAAAGUGGUUGGCCAUACGGGUGCAGACGAAGAAGGUGAAGAAUGGGCGGAUGGAUCUGGAGGUGCAUGUACAUGAUGAGCAGGGUGACUUGAUUGCAUUGAGCCACCACGUUACGUUUGUUCUUGAUGCAGCGAGGAAUACGGCAGCAAGAAGGAAGCCCGACGCUAAAAUAUAGGAUUGUACCACUUUGAAGAGAGGAACGAUACCCUUUGAAUGGAUUGGGUGAACUAUCCAACCUAUCUUUGGGCCUGUUGCUCGUGCAACUAUGGGUGCUUUCGAACCCUUCGACAUGAGUGAACAGCUCGGGCGCUUGUGAAAACAUCUGACUAUCAAAGUAAACGGAAUUUGGUGAAAGAAAUUUGUGUGUGUAGCUCAGCUUGAGAGACACAGACUGUAGUCCUGACCUUCAGAACUUUGACCACUUUAUUGCUCCUACUAAAGUAAGACAGUGUACCCAAAC